AUGCAUCUGGAAAAGGAAGACAACUACAUUACAGAUAAAAACAGGAUCGAAGGUGCGAACAAAUAUAUUUACACGAAAUUCCCCACAUUUGACCUUCACAAGAAAGUAAAAAAUUACAACAACAAGAUAUCCGAAUUGAUGACAGAAAAUGAAAAGUUAAAAAAGUAUAAAAGUAAUUUGGAGAAAAGAAUCAUAAGAGGUAACGAAAACUUUGAAGUCAAUUUUAUGAAGUAUGAGCUAGCCAUUUCGAAUGCCUUACGUAUUGGCUAUUCAUGCAUAUACCUGUGCAACGCACUAAGUAAAAUUGUAGACAGGUAUAAGGUAAGCGUCUUGAGGGAGCUACUCAGAAGAAGAGAUCAAUUUAAGAACAACCUCAUCAAAUCUUAUAUGAAUAAAAACUCGUACGAUAAGCUGUUCAUAAAUAGCAUGGUUAUGAAGAUAGAGGGGGUGUAUGAAAGGAACAGGCAUUUUGUCACUACCGUUUUGGUAAAUUUGGUGAAGAAUAAGUUGAGAGAUAUUUUUAAAUUGUUCGUCUGCAAUGUUUUGGGGAAUCCCACUGGGGGGGUCUACACCUUCAACUUCAACGGUUUGUCCUCAGGAAGGGAAAACUCAAACAGGGUAACAUCCUCCAGAAGGGGGAAUGGCCCCAAUGUGGAGCUGACCAUGGAUGAAAGAAUCCAAUACACAUCCGGGUUUAUAAAAUUAAUGGACGUUUUAAAAAGUAAAUUCUACGGAACUGUUAGAGUUUCCUUCAUCAGUCUGAAGAGGCAUAAUGAUGAGUACGAUUUGUAUGCACGUGGUGUGUGGAGGUCCUUCCCACUUAGCAAAAGGGAGAGCAUCCAGUUUGGCAGGAACAGUGAUGAUGCGAAAAAAGGUGCAACCCGAAAUUAUGUAAGGGAUAAGGGUAACAGUCGGAAUGAUAAACCAUUUAGGAGUUAUAACUCCUUGGUGGGUCAAAAAUUAAUUGCCAGAGGGGACAUCGAGGAUGAUCGGUCCAACUUACAAUUUGGCCGCUCAAGCAAUAGCAUCUAUUUGCCCCACCCGAGUGACGUCUACAAUUAUCUGUACUACCAGGAACUGCUAAACGUUAAGGAUAAGUUAUCAUCUAGGCUUAUGGAUGAUGAAAAUAGAGAUCUGGUAAACUAUAUUAAAUUUAUGGAGACAAACGGGGAAGUAUACUGUUUGAAGGGAAAUGGGAAGGACAGGGGUUCAUCGGUUGGGAAUGCAACCAACCGGAGCAGCGCUAUAGGGAACACGCCUAUACGAAGUUGGUUAGGGCAGGGUGAUAAUCGCCCACGCGGGAAGGUAAAUGAAAUAAUUCGCUCAUUCUCUGACCAAGUGGGCACAGCACCAAAUGAUGUCAACAUUGGUUUGAACGAUCGGGGGGGUGAUGAUGUCUACAGGGGGAAAGUUGUAAAUUUUUCCUUAUUAGACGAAGGGGGUAAUCAAAAUGUAGAUAACAAUUUUUAUGAGCAUAAAAAAAAAGUCGAGUUUAAUCUAAGGGGGAAGGUAAAUUACAAGGACUCAGAAGGUUUGCGCAGAUAUGGAUCUUAUGGGGACGAAGCAAAUAUUCUGAACCGGUUAGGUGAAAAUGGGGACGGGGUUCAAUUCAUGGCUAGUGAGGGGGGGUACUCCCCACCACUGGAGGAGGGAGGAGUGGAUGGCGAGUAUUGUGCAACUGAUGGGGAUUACACAAGGGACGGAAACUUCAAAACGAUGGUUUCCUCCAGCGACAUGGGAAACAAUUCCAGGAGCAUAAUAUCGCAGGGCAGUGAAGAUACUGAGAAUGCACCGGAGGAUGAAACUUAUGAGGACAAUCCAGAUUCGUGUGAGCAAAGUAUUGUCAACAUAAGGAAAGGGCUGAGUAGAAUCCAGGACAAGAAUUUUAUAUGGCUUGUAGGGGAAGGCCCACCGGAUGAUCUGGAAGUCAACCCCAUGGGUCAGUACUACCUCGGGGAGGACGAGGGGUAUGGUAUGGACGUGGGGUGA